AUCCAAAUUGUGUAGCAGCCAUUUCAUGACUGGAAAGAGACAUCUGAAACAAAACAUCAAAAAGUUUAAUGACAUUUGGAGAUUGUCAAGCCAAGCCUUCAAUUCCUGGUAGGUUUAUAAUGUAGGGAGGGAUGUAUUUUCUGUUUGUCAAGAUUGACCUAGUCUAUUGUGGUGUUGAAAACGCAAACCAUGAUAUGGAAGCGCUCGAAGUCGGUAUGCUUUGUUUGGUUUACAGUACAAGGGGUGGGGUUAUGUGAAAAUAUUUUUAACAUCGGAAAUAUGGGUUUUAUAUAACACCUUGAGUUGGUCCAGCCCCCCAGUAAAUGUCGAGCAUGCAGCUCCCCAUGUAUUGUUAAGAUUGACAACUUUUGUUGUGAGGCUUUUUUUCAGGGAAAUCUGACGACCCGGAAGUGAUGAUGUAAGACUAAGCACUAGCAGCUAAACUAAAGCAUAAAGCUAGCAACACACGGGCAAAUUGCAUUGGUUUCGCUGGCCUAAUAAGUUAUAUACCUACAUUAACAUAGUGGUGGAGGGGCAAAGUUCUCUCUGUGCGCUGUGAUUAUGAAACAGGAGUUCAAUCACUACUGGUGUCAGCUUCGCUGGACAUAAGAUGGCGACAGAGCUGAGACGCUUUUGGAAGCUUGGGUCAUUGAGCCGUAUCUGCACCUUCUCCCUUCUAUUUCUGUUUGUGCAUUGUCAUACGUGUAAACAUCAAGUUCCUUCUCUGUCGGAGCUUGUCCAUAAGGUGUACCUGAAGUCUGAAAGAUUAACCAAAAGAAGCUCUGAUCAACAAUUGAAGAUAACGAUAAUUAAUGAUUCAAGUGUGGACAAGUUAACUUCAAAUAAAAGAAGACUGGUGAAGGAUAAACUGUUUUCACAAGCAAUUGAUUAUCUACAGAAGGCAUUUCAGGUUCGCCGACAAUCAGUAUCUGAGGAAGAAAGAUGACCCUCACCGCUACUGCCAGGGAGCAUGUGCAGACAUCACUACGUGUGGACCUGUCAUUGUUCCUGAGCAUCAUCUACAGAUUGCAUGUUUGCUCGCAGAAUUGAGGAAGUGGGGGUUUAUUCGAUCGCCUCCGACUUCUCAGCAGGCAUCCCGCUCUCCGGCCUCUCUUUCUGCGCCUUCUCUUCAUGCAAAUCACGGGGCUCGGGGCCUGAUCCCGAGGGAGCCGUAUAUCCUCGGGCUCGUCAGUCGUGAAAGAAGAAAAAGGGUUCUGCUAGUCUGUGAAUGAAGCAAUGACUGGAUCUCACACCUGGAACAGGGUUUUUUUUAGGCUCACCUUGGCCAUCAUGGAAGACACAGGUUGGUACAGAGCCAACUACAGCAUGGCAGAGAGGCUGGACUGGGGCAAAGGCCUGGGCUGUGACUUUGUGAUGAAGAGCUGUACAUUCUGGAUUGAAAGGCAACGUCAGAGUCGUAAAGUGGUGACCCUUUACUGUGACACAGUGCGAGCCACACCCCUUCAGCUCACCUGCAGGCAGGACCAGCUGGCAGUGGCCGUCUGCAACCUGCAGAAGUACCCUCAGGACCUACCCCUGGACUACCAGUACUUUGACCAUAUCCCUGAAGUCUCUGUGAUGGAUCUGGCCUCCUACGGUGGAGCUGUGGAGAUAGCUGACUACUGUUCCUUCAGCCAGGAGUUUAGCUGGCACCUGAGUGGAGAGUACCAACGCAAGUCCUACUGCAGGGUCCAGGAGAACCAGCCCGAUUGGUGGAGGAACUACGGAGCUGAGCAGUAUGGUCCAGACUCAGUGUGUUUGUACCAGAAGACUGCCUUCGUCAUGGAGCAGUGUACCAGACGCAUGACCUACCCUGACUGGGGAAGUGGCUGCUAUAAGAUCUCUUGCUCUACCCAGGGUCUGACGGUGUGGUUGGAGGACACUGCGUACCAGUGUGUACGUACGGGUCAGCUGCUGAGCGUCAGUGUGCGUGUUAAUGACUGGGUAUACAAUGGGGUUCUCGUCUGUCCUGCCUGCUCAGACUUUUGUAGCGCCUGCCCUCUACCACAACAGCUCCCGCCCCUCAAUACCACCAAGAGAAUUCCUAUUGACCCUUGCUCCAGUUCCUCCAGCUUAGUGGUAACUCUGUCUUCUACUGUUCAACUUCAUCCCUGUGUAUGUGGAACUAACUGACUGUCUGGUUGAUUGGCUGACUAACUAACUGUAAGGUUCUCUCUCUGGGACUGCGGCCCAAAUGGAACCCCAUUCCUUAAAUGGGCCUAUGGCCAUAGGCCCUGGCCAAAAGUAGUGCUCUAUGUAGGGAAUAGGGUGCCAUCUGGGACGCAAUCUGGCAGCCCGUUUUGUAGUCGACCAUACUUGGCCAUCCCACAACCUCAGGCAUCCCAUUCCAGGGUUCCACAGUCCAGUUGGAAAGGAUUCGAUCCUUGGAAAAUCAUCAAGGAAAAGUCAGGAAAGUUGUUUAGGAAUCAAUCACAUUAAACCCACCGUCAGGGAAAUGUGUGACACUUUUGAACAAAUGUUUCGUAAAACAAAAUUCAGUGCAAAAUAUGUAUUUUACAUAUGUAUUUAAGUUUAAAUGCUUGAAAGAAGGAUAUCUUACCACAAUACCUUAUCAGUCCAGUUUAGACACAUUUGUACAGCCUAGAACUUCUUUUAAUGCUGCAGUUUUGGAACAGACAAAGACCAUGGCCCAUUGUGAAUGACGUUCAUGAAAUUGCUAGAUACUUUCAGAAAAGGGGAAAAAUAAGCCAUUGAUUGCACUUUUCUUUUUGUUAAACUAACAAACGAGGCACCAGUAAACUAAGCAAAAUCCGAAGAAGCCAUACCCCAAGGGUAGCUAGAUGAUCACGGUGAGGUGCCGGUGCUACUUUAUGUAUGACCCCCUAUCCUAACACUAAGACAUACUAUAUUCCCCUCAGGGGUACUGUAACAUAUUCAGGUUCCUAGUGUUGUCAUGUAGGGUUUGUUACAUUCUUAGAACUCAUAUGAAACAUCUACAUUUUCAGUUAGCAUUUUUAUAGCAAGUUAUCAGAUGAUUCAAUGCCAAUCAAUGUAACAAUGCAGUAUUUAAAAUGGAUAGCAGAUUGUUAUUAGCGUGUAUUUGUUUCCUGGUGAAAGGUCCAUAUCUGGCAAACUGGGAAGGUGCUCUAACAGUUUGAUUGUCUUAGUUAGGCCCUUAAAAUAUCCAUUUUGGUGUGAUAUUAGAUGCAUUUGAUGAUUUUGUAGAUGCAUGCGUGAAGAUAAAGGUGUAUCUGAAAUGAAAAUGGCACUAAGACUGUUUCACAGUGCAAUAAAGUUACAGGCAGGCCAAUAGUGAUGAUACUUGAUGUAGAUUGUAGUUAACUUUAUUAUUUUAUGAUUUUCAUAAAUAAUGGACUAAUAUAUAUUUUUAAAUAACAUUUUACUGGUGAGGGAGGGAAUAGGGCUUUUUAUAUUAAUACGUUUGUUUGAUGCCUUUAAAUCCUCUAUGACGAGCCAGAGAUGAUGUGGAAUUCACCUUGUACGUAUUAUGUGUCUCAUGUGGGAAAAUGAAUUGAACAGCCAUAAUGUACACCUUCUGAAGUGAAUAGGGACUUCCCAGUUUCAGAUACUCUUUCAGCUUCACAAUUGGUCAGGGCAUUAUUCCAUAGUACCUAUAAUGGAAUAUAUGUAGUAAUGCAAUUGUAUAGUACUUACACGCAGUUAUACAGUAGGACUUGCAGCUAUAUAUUCAAUUUAAAGUUAAGGGGAUAAAAGGCAUCAAGUACUAUAUGAUGGUUAUAUGCCUCUAGUAUUCCAGUGCAUCUGCUAUAAGCCCACUGUAAUGUAGUGUUGACAUAUUUGACUCGAGUGACUUGUUAUUUUGUAAGUUUGUCUAAUUUCAGUUGAUAUGGUAUGCUUUUGCCAAAUUUUAAUGUUCCUCUAUUAGUGAAGUAACAUCAGUUAAUUUAGCUAUUUAACUUGAAUCUUGUAAGUUUCAUGGUGUAGGGUAUGGCUUUUAUAAAUACGGCAUUCAAAUGGUCCCUCUUCUCUAAGCACUCCACUGAAUAUUGAGUCAUUAAUUUGAGCAUACACUUGGUAUGAAACAAUUUGGCAACCUUACAUUUUUGGUUUAUGUGAUGUGCCUGGGGUUGGAUUUUAACAUGCAUUGCAAAUGGCAUUAACAAAACCAACAGAUUCCAAGGUGGCAGGACACUGAAGACUAAUAAUGCCAUGUCUAUCUGAAGUGUAGUUUAACAUGGCCUAAAACCAAACGUGUCGAACAGUACUCUGAUAAGACUACAGUUAAAGAAGUGCCACUGACAUGCCAUGUUAUAUUGUUUAUGGUCCUAUGUAGUAACUUAUUGUUAGGUUAAUAAUAGUAUUAUGGUUUUUAUGCUACUGCUGUUUCUGAAGAUAUGCAAAAGUGAUUGCAAUAACUGUGAUAAACAAAUGAGCAGCUACUGAUUUUUUUUUUUCUCCCCCCGUUAGUUUAAAUAUAUGAUUUUUUCCCCUAUAUAGUAGGCCUAGAUCUUAAGAAACUUGUUGUUUUUAAGUUUAAUUAUGGAUCCAGUUGUAUUUGUAUUUUGUGGGUCAUUUUGCAGCUGCUUCUAGAUUUUUGGUUUUCUGUAUGGUUGCCAACAGGGUCUACAUCAAUUAUGGGAACAUUUGUAUUUCAUCAUGAGAAGGAACAAAACUGUAAUGUGUUGAGACUACAAAAUGGCUGUGUGUGAUUGUUGGUGUAUCUGUUAAUUGAGAUUACUGUACCAGAAUGCUGCUUAAGGGAAUAGUUUUAAUAUUGUUUAUGGAAAAAACAAGUUAGAUUAAUUUACCUUUUUUGUAAUUUGUACCCAUGCAAUUGUCUGUAUUAGAAUUACUUUUGUUUUUUUAGUUACAUUCCAGGGCUACAAGUGAAGGAUGGCAGUGCUUUCAUUUGAUCUUUUUUAUGUUGUACGAGAGGUGUGUGUGUGGAAAAGGUGUUGAUUAAAAAAGUGUUUUACAGUAUCAGGGAAGCAGGCAAUAAAUGUUGUACAGUAGGA